AUGAGCCACCACUCUGCAAAAGAGGAGCGAAUCGAGAUAGUAGAAGAACAUGGUAUACUUAGUCCUGAAGAAGAAGAGCUCAAAAAGCAAGAAAGCAAGCUGAAUAUUGUUCAGGAACUCAGAGACUCAAGCGAAUGGUAUGAAACAGUACCUCACAAUUAUCUGAGUCGCUCGGCAUUCGAGCAUUCUUUGACAGCAAAUACACUUCGUGGACCUCAUAAAAUCCUACGUCGUCCACUCAAAUUCUUCAAUGAAAGCAAGACAGAAUGUAUCAUUAUUAUUCACCUUGGAGAUCACCUGUGUGGAAAUAAUGGUAUGGUUCACAAUGGUCUCUUGGCUACUUUACUUGAUGAACAAUUGGCUUUUGUGACAUUACCUCAUUUACCCGGUUUUACAGGCUUUACAGCUAAUUUAGACAUCAGCUAUCUACAACCUGUUUAUCCAAAUCAAUGGAUCAUUAUCAAAGGUAUCUUGAAUAGAAUUGAAGGAAGAAAGGGCUAUGCAACUGCUUGGAUAGAAGACACAAGAGGUACAAAGAUAACAGAGUCUAAAUCAUUAUACAUUAGUCCAAGAAAGUAA